AUGUCGUCCGAGCGUGAGAGUCCCGAGGCCAUUGUCUACGGUGCGCUCGAGCCUCUACUCAAGUACGAGCGCGUCGGUGGCCACUUCCACGCGAUCUUCAAGGACGACUCGCUCAGCUGCAUUGCUUUGCACGUCAAGUUUGUGUGUGCAGGGACAUACGGGGGCAACGUGCUGCUGCUGGACCUUGACGGCCGCUUCAUACGCCGUCUGCAUCAGCACUAUAAAAAGGUGAACCAAGUGUGUAUUGAUGAGACGGGACAGUUUAUCGCGUCGUGCUCGGACGAUGGCACGGUGGCUGUGUAUACGCUGUUUCCAGUGUCUGAUGGUUGUCACGAAGCUCUUGGCCACGACUUGAGUGGCCAUCGACAUGCCCGUAGUCCGAGCAUCAAGGCGGAGAGACGAAAGAGUUUGGUCGCAAGCACUGGUGGAGAAGUGAACAUUUACAACUACACGAGUGCAGUUUAUGCCGUGCAGCUGGAAGACCGAUACGCUGCAAAGCGUGACAAGAGCUUUGCUUGUGGAGGGGUCGCGGGGCAGCUAAUUAUCAAUAAAAAGGGAUGGAUUCUUGACAAGGAGACGACCGUUCAUGAAGGGGAAGGGCCAGUGCAGCUCAUUCGCUGGAAGGACGGACUCGUGGCGUGGGCCAACGACUGGGGAGUGAAAGUAUACGACUCAGGAAGUGAUCAGCGCGUGACGUAUAUUGAACGCCCACCAAACUGUCCGCCGAUGGAGCUUUGUCGCUGUCAUUUAGAGUGGCAGGGAAGUGAUGUUUUGCUCGUUGCGUGGGCGCACACGUUGCGCGUUGUGUCGUUUAAAAAAGGGCACCCCAAGCCGCCUGCGUCGCCAACUUCAGCUGCUGCGUUAGACGCUGUAGAACAUGCAUCUGGUGGUGUGACAGCGGAGGUGGUAGCACUGCUUACAUUUGAUUUUUUCGUCGCUGGUAUUAGUCCGUGGAAUGGCGGCUCGGUCGUCUCGGUGCUGGCAUUUCGACCGCCUGGAUCGUCUUUUGCAUCUACAGGACCCCAAGGAAAGUCAACAAAAGUUGAAGGCGAAGGAGAGAGUGGAGAGAUGCCGUAUCCAGAAGUGCAUGUUGUGCGGUUGAAUGGCAAACAAGUAAGCGCUGAUUUGCUCAACCUCAAGAGCUAUCAGCGGCUUCGUGCAUCCGACUACAUGAUGCCAACUCUUUGUUAUGCACAUGCACCCCAGUCCAAUUUCGAAUCGACCGACCCAUCCUCCAUAUAUGACGCUGGAUAUGGUCAACUAGCGUACGUCUGUACUCCAAAGGAUGUUGUUAUAUGUCGACUUCGUGAUGCGGACGACCGCGUCGAGUGGGCACUGGCGCGGAAGCAGUACGCUAAGGCCCUUGACGUAGCUCUCCAUGAUCCACGUGCUCUUCGACGCGUGGUGCUUACCGAUGUAAUAGAGGUGUAUAUAGGUAACUUACUACACCAGAAGAAGUACCAGAAGUGCGCUGAAGAGAUCCCGCGACUUUUUAGUGGUGGUAACGAAGAGUACGCGAAGCUUUGGGAAAAGUAUGUGUACGUGUUUGCCCAGCGUGGGCAACUGAGCGCAAUUGCGCGAUACAUACCGACGGCAAGCCCACGCUUACCUAUGGCGCAAUACGAAAUGGUGCUGAAGCAUUUUCUCGAUUCGGAUCCUGGCCAACUUCUCGAGCUCAUCCGCAAGUGGCCUAAGCCAAGGCGGCAGGAUAGUUUGUUUGUGAAGCAGCAGUCUGACGGUGACGCAUCUGAUGUUGCCCCGGAGUACACCGAAACAACCCACGUGUUUGAGCCGCUUUACGAUGCCCAGGCAUGGAUCAACCAGCUAGAAACUGUCGUGCGUCGCCGCCGUAUUGCCGAAGCUAACGUAGACCGGUUGAGCGUGGAGACAACAUACUUGGUGGAGGCUUUGGCAGAGCUGUACACGGCUACCGAACAGUAUGACAAUGCGCUGCGCAUAUACAUAAGUCAAGGCGAGUCCUGUUCGAACAAGGAAUUCGCGUUUAAGCUGAUCACUGAGCACCAGUUGUGGUCACUUGUUGCCAAUAAGGUGGUCAACCUCAUGCGCAUUGACAAGGCCAUCGCAGUCCGUAUGCUCGUGAACCAGACGGAACAGCUUAAGAUCAGUGAUAUUGUGGUCCAGCUCGAAGGUGAGCCCGAGUUGUUGCACACGUAUCUUCACGAGCUCGUUUUACGCCGCUCGGGAGAGUACAAUACAGAAGUGUACUCGGCACUGCACGAAAAGCAGAUUGCACUUUAUGCCGAGUACGCGCCAGAGUUCCUGCUGAAAUUCUUACAGAUGAGCAACUUUGUUCCGUUGGAGAAGGCCUACAGCUACUGCAGCGAACACAGUCCUCCGCUUUGGGAAACAAUGAUUUACGUGCUUGGUCGUAUGGGACAGCACAAGAAAGCACUGGACCUAAUUUUGACGCAGCGUCGCGAUAUUAAUCAAGCGAUUGAGUUUGUCCAAGAGCACGACACGGGUCUGUGGGAUUACCUCAUCGACCUGAGCCUCGCCAGCAAAGACAACGUGGAAGAGCUGUUGAGGUUUGCUUCACAACACAAGGUUGACCCGAUCAAGCUGAUUCGCAAGAUACCGGAAGACAUGGUGAUUGUGAACCUAAAACAACAGCUCAUUGCGAUCAUUGCCAACUACCGCCUGCAGCAAAACCUGUGUGUCGGCUCUCGCAAGGUUUUCGACAGUGACCGCAUAGAGCUGUUGCAUCGGCAAGUCGAAGCGCACAAACGUGGACGUCGCGUUGCCGCGAAAAAGGCGUGUGCUAUCUGUAGCGAAUUUUUGCGGGCACCAUCGUCUGGCAUGGAAACAGUCCACGCGUGUGUGUUUGAGUGCGGCCACUGCUACCACCUCCCGUGUCUCGAAGAAAAGAUGCGUAUGUGGAAAAGCGCCAAGGCCGUAGGGUCGAACGAUCUGAACCGCGCAUUGGGCUGCUUUGUGUGCGACCACAGCACGCGCGAAUACGCUCGUUCCAGUGAUUCCCAUCGGCUGACAGACGAGCUGACGACUUUGCAUGUACGAGGUGUCUCCGAAGUCCAGCUACAGCGUGCAAAGGACAGCCUCCUGAGCGCUACAAAUGUAGCAGAGUGA